AUGGCCGCAGAACAGGAUGCUGAGGACGUCAAGUCCAACAAACGUAGCCAUUCCGAGUUCACAGAACAAGAUGGCAGUGAUAGCUCCUCGGACGAUGAUAUGGGACCGCAGCUGCCUUCAGCGGCUGCGGCGCCCAAGAAGAAGCGACGAGUCCUGCCCUACGAGAAGCUCUACAUCUCCGCCCUGCCCAAGGCAGCUCGAUAUUCGAAGUCCCUUAUGCACAAAGAGCAGCUCGCCUUUGUGACCGUAACGCCCCUGACCGAGUUUCUCAUUACGAGCUCCAUCGACGGCGUGGUCAAGUUUUGGAAGAAGGUCGCCCAGGGUAUCGAGUUCGUCAAGGAGUUCAAGGCACACAACGGAGAGAUCACGGCCGUGUCCGUCAGCCAGGACGGAAGAAGUUUCGCGACGGCGGGCGUGGACAAGACGAUCAAGAUCUUCGACGUAUUCACAUUCGAUCUGCUGGCCAUGUUGACGCUCGAGUACACGCCGAGAUGCGUAUGCUGGGUCCACAAGCGUGGCGCUUCCCUGCCGAUUCUGGCCGCCUCGGACGACGAGAAGCCGCUGAUCUACAUCUACGACGGACGCGGAGAGAACCAGACCCCGAUACACACCAUCAAGGGCUUGCACCGGAGCGUCGUGAACGUCAUGGCCUUUAAUGACGCCCACGACUGCGUGGUUUCUGCAGACGAAGGGGGGAUGGUGGAGUAUUGGAGCCCCAGCGCCAACUAUGAGAAGCCGGACAAUGUCUUUGAGUACAAAAGCUCAACCAACCUGUUCGACUUCAAGAAGGCCAAAUCAGUACCGGUGUCUCUGUCCAUCUCCCCGUCCGGCCAUCAGUUUGUGACGUACUCGCUACCGGACCGUAAGAUUCGGAUCUUCGAGUUUGCCAGUGCGAAGCUCUACAGAACGUACGAUGAGUCUCUGCAGGUCAUCGAGGAUAUGCAACAAGCAGGCACUGCCAAACAGAAACUAGAGCCUGUGGAGUUUGGGAGGCGACGCGCGGCAGAGCUUGAAAUCGAGUCUCCGGCUUUGAGAAACAAGGUCAAUGUGAUAUUCGACGAGUCGGGCAAUUUCAUCCUUUACGGGUCUAUUCUGGGCGUCAAGGUCCUGAACACCUUCACGAACCACAUUGUGAAGGUAUACGGAAAGGAGGAGAAUAUGCGGCCAGUCAACCUGGCGCUGUAUCAAGGCCAACCACAGAAGAAGGGCGUCACCACCGUGGCCAUGGCUGCUUCGGCGAACCCCUUGCUUCAGGAAUCGGAAUCAAGAGAUCCGAUUCUGAUCACAACCGCCGUCGGUAAGGUUCGAUUCUACAUGUUCACGAAUGACGAAGAGAUAUCCAAGUCAGACCGUGAUGUGCAGAACGAAAAGCCCACGAUGCUUGGGGCGAAGAAGGCCGAGCAGAAGAAGCAGGCUGAAACAGGAACGGGCGCCGUCUUGCACACGACAUUCGGCGAUGUACACAUCCGUCUAUUCCCAGAUGCGGCGCCGAAGGCCGUGGAGAAUUUUGUGACGCACGCGAAGCGUGGCUACUACAACAAUACCAUCUUCCACCGCGUGAUCCGCAAGUUCAUGAUCCAGGGAGGCGAUCCUCUCGGAGACGGCACGGGUGGUGAGAGCAUAUGGGGCACCGAGUUUGAGGACGAGUUCAGCACGCUCAAGCACGACAAGCCCUACACGGUCAGCAUGGCCAACGCUGGCCCCAACACUAACGGUAGUCAAUUCUUUAUCACGACCGAGAAGACGCCCUGGCUCGAUAACAAGCACACUAUAUUCGGUCGGGCGGUCCAGGGGCUGGAUGUGAUCCAUAAGAUAGAGAACGUGCGGACGUACAAGGAGAAGCCGGAGGAGGACAUCAAGAUUCUCAACAUUGACAUAUCGUAG